UUACGUUAUCUGCGAUCUUCAGGAUGAUCAUUUUAGCCGUGGUUCUCACCUUGUUGGCUAUACCAGAAGAGGCAAGCAGUUUGGAGGACAAUAUUGCCACGGGCGGCAAGGUUUUGCAGUCCUCAAUGUAUCUGAACGCCAUUCCGCAAAGGGCCAUCGAUGGAAAUCGUGCCAGCAAAUGGGCACAGAAGUCCUGUACUCAUACAAAGAAAGAUAUGAAACCAUGGUGGAGACUGGACCUCCUGAAAAGAUACAAAAUAAACAGUGUCACUAUUACAAACAGACGAGAUUGUUGUCAUAACCGGAUUAACGGAGCUGAGCUCCGCAUUGGAGACUCCCUCGAUGACAAUGGCAAUGCUAAUCCCAGAUGUACUGUGAUCGUAUCAAUCCCGGCUGGCCUCUCCAAAACCUUUGCGUGCAAUGGAAUGGAAGGCCGCUACGUAAACAUUGUGGUGCCAGGAAGACGAGAAUUUCUGACACUGUGUGAAGUGGAAGUGCAUGGGGAAGAGGCCGACGAGGAGUCCAAUGAUGAUGCUUGCAACUGAGUCUGGCAUGUUCCACGAGACAAAUUAUCAUUUUUAUUUACUGUUAUUUUUAGGAGGGCAAGGACUUGCUUCAACAGUAACUAAAUGUAAUGCUACACUAUAAUUACCAAACGUCCAACAUGUUAAUGGUGAUAUUAAACAAAUUAAUAAAGCAUUAUUUAAAA